AUGCAGACUGCUUCUACAAACAUUUGUGAAAGUAUGGGUUGCUCUCAGGAGCUCAGUGAAUUGAAGUGUGGUACCGUGAUAGGUUGCCACCUGUGCAAUAAGUCCAUCCAUGAAAUUUCCUUGCUACUAAUACUCCAUGGUCAACUGUUAGUGGUAUUAUAACAAAGUGGAAGCAACUGGGAACAACAGCAACUCAGCCACCAAAUGAGCGGGGUCAGCGCAUGCUGAAGCGCACACUGCGCAGAAGUAUCCAACUUUCUGAAGACUCAAUAGCUAAAGGCCUCCAAACUUCGUGUGACCUUCAGAUUAGCACAACAACAGUGUGUAGAGAGCUUUCCAAAUGCAAUG